UUUAUCUUUUUCUUUUCAGAUAGUCUCCAGUAGCCCAGGCUUGCCUUGAGUUCACAAUGCAGCCAGUGACAACCUCGAACUUCUGAUCUUCCUGCCUCCACUUCCCAAAUGCUGGAUUACAGGUGUGAGCCACCAUGUCUAGUUCAUGCUGGGGUCAAACUUAGGUUUUUGUACAUAUGAGGCAAACACUCCACCAACUGAGCUACGUAUCUAACCCUGAAAAGUGUGUUCCAAACACAGAUGUUUAUCUUUUUUGCUUUACUUUUGGUGGUGAUGAGUUCUUGGUUCAUCGUUUUGGCAACAGUAAGUUCCCUGAAGACCAAAUGGCUUGGAAACUUUAGUGUCCAGCAGAACUUCCUGCAUGGACAUAAAUGUAAACCAGGUGGCCUCCUAGCCAGGAAUGGCUGGUGUAGUUCAGGAGCUAAAUUUUAAAUUAAGUUAAAUUUAAAUAUGAACAUAUAGAGUUUGUGCUACUGUGUUGGUUUCUCCAAUGUCACACUAGUUCUUUUCUACUUCCUGUCCUGGAGUAUCACAUGCAGUUCAUUAUUUAACAGCAGAUAAUCAAUUUACUAAAGUGACUAACUCAAGUAUUUGCAAUGGUGACUUUAAUCUCAAAAUCUGGCUCAGCAACCAUGGAGGACAGCUGCCCACACUUCCUCAAGUACCCCUCCUUGCUCCCUUUCAAAUUCAUGGCCUCCUUUUUCAUUAAUUGUUAUUUCAUUCAUAUGUAUAUGUGUGUGUAUCUAUAUGCAUACACAUAUAUAUUCCUAAAUAUAACCUGCUCAGUCUGUAUACUGUUACUUGUAUGCAUAUUUUCAGGGAUGACCAUUUGAUAUUAGAUAGCCAAUUGGUGUGCUCCACCCUGGGAAAGACUAUUUCUUAGUUGCUUGUAGUUCUUUGUGUACCCUUGAGGCUGGUGGACAUUUCCCUGUCUACUUUAGCAUGUCUGUUGGUAUUGUCCUUGUUUGGUUAGCCAUGUCAGUGAGACUUUAUGGGUGUAGCUUCUGACAUUAGUAGAAAACAGUAAUGAAAGAUUCUCCUUCUGAGCAUCACUUUCCCAAGUGACUGCAGAACUUCUUACUAGAUCCCACUUUGUUUUAUUUAUUUUACAUCCCAGCUGCAGUUUCCCUCCCUCCUCUUCUCCUACUCCCUCCCUCUGCCUCCCCUCUGCCUGUCCCUCCCACCCCCCAAUUCACACCUCCUCUGUUUCUAUUCAGAAAGGGGCAGGUCUCAUAUGGGUAUCAACAAGGCAUGACAUGUCAAGUUGAGGUAGAACUGAGCUCCUCCCCUUCUAUUAAGGCUGGGCGAGGCAACCCGGUAUGAGGAAUGAGUUCUCAAAAUCCUGUCAAGGCAUUAGGGACAGCCCCUGCUUCCACUGUUAGGAGUUCCACAAGUAGACCAAGUUCCACAACUAACAUAUAUAUGUAGAAGGCCUACAUUGAUCCCAUGCAGGCUCCCUGGUUAUUGUUGGUUCAGACUCUGUGAGCUCCUAUGAGCCCAGGUUAGUUGUUUCUGUGGGUUUUCUUGUGAUGUCCUUGACCCCUCUGGCUUGUACAGUCAUUCCUCCCUUUCUUCAGCAGACUUCCCCCAGCUCAGCCUAAUGUUUGGCUGUGGGUGCCUGUGUGUGCUUCCAUCAGUUACUGGAUGAAGGCUCUCUGAUGACAACUGGGAUAGACACCAAUCUAUGUGUAUAGCGGAAUAUCGUUAGGAAUCAUUACAUUUUUUUUCUCCAGUUGUGUUUGAUUUUAUCCUAGGUCUCUGGGCCAUCCAGCCUUUGGGUUCUAGCACUCCAGGCAGUGUUAGGGGUGGGCUCACUCUCAUGGCAUGGGUCUCAGGCUGGACCAGUCCUUAGUUGGCCAUUUCCACAAUCUCUGAGCCACCCCUACCCUUCCCCCCACCCCCUGUCCCAUAGGCAGGACAGACUGUAGGUCACAGGAGAUGGUCAGUUCAGGCUAUGUAUCCACUAAUUGCUUGAAGUCUUAGCUGAGGUCAUCCUUGUAGAUUCCUAGGAAUUUUCCUUGUACCAGAUUUCUGCUUCCCCUUUCAGUCAUCUCUUUCAGUCCUCUCCUCCUCUAUGACCCCCAACCUGAUCCCUUAUGUUCCUAUCUCCACCUGCCCCCAGUACACCCACAAGCUCUAUUUCCCCUUCACAGGGAGAUACAUGUGUCCCCCUUGGGCCCUCCUUGUUACCUAGCCUCUCUGGGUCUAUGCAUUGUAAAUGGUUAUCCUUCACUUUACAGCUAAUAUCUGCUUAUAAGUGAGUACAUACCAUGUUUGUCUUCCUGGGUCUGGGUUACCUCACUCAGGAUUAUUUUUUUCUAUCCCAUUAACUUGCCUUCAAAUUUCUUGAUGUCAUUGUUUUUAACAGCUGAGUUAAUGUGUAAAUGUAUCACAUUUCUUUAUCCAUUCUUCAAUUGAGAAACAUCUAGGUUGUUUCCAAGUUCUGGCUAUUACGAAUAAAACUGCUAUGAAUAUAGUUGAGCAAGUGUCCUUGUGGUAUGAUUGAGAAUUCUUUGGGUGUAUGACCAAGAGUGGUAUAUCUGGGUCUUGAGGUAGAUCAAUUCCCAAUUUUCUGAGAAACUGCCAUAUUGAUUUCAAAAGUGUGGGCCCCACUUCUCAAGAGUUCUGUCACCUCCCACAUCACUACCACCCUGGGGAUCAGGCUUUCAAUACAGAGAUCUUUGGAGACCAAGUCACAAGACCAAAUCUCUUUGGUCCAGACCCAUGUAUCCCAGGGUGCCAUGUUACCUCUCUCUGGGCUUUGCUUUUCUGCAAGUCUACUGUCUCCUUUACUCAGCAUACUCCAUUGUCACAAAAGCCCAACCAUUCUGUAAAGAUAUUAUGAAGGAUACUUGAUUCAAAAGCCUAUGAAUCACAAGGUUACAUAAAGAAGCUACUCUAAUCUAAAUGCCCCCUGAUACAUGGAACACACCCAGUGCCUCCCGGAAGGAGAUCUGGCAGGUCCCCAGGUCUCCUGCCCCUGGAGGCACAUAGAGGGCAAGGGCCAGAUCCCAGCAGCAUCUCCAGCAGGACAGCCACGGGGAGGUCAUGGAGCAAUUCUUCGUUUCUGUGGGGCUGCUUGUGUGCCUGGUCUGCCUGCUGAAGUGCGGGAGGCUUUCCCAGUACCUCCUGCUGCGCUCCUGGAAGGUUUUACCAAGGUCUUUCCUGCAAUCCAUGGGACAAUGGGCAGUGAUCACCGGAGCAGGAGAUGGCAUCGGGAAAGCCUACUCAUUUGAGCUGGCCAAACAUGGACUCAACGUUGUACUUAUCAGCCGGACACUGGAAAAGCUACAGGCCAUUGCAGAAGAGAUUGAAUGGACCACUAGAAGCCGUGUGAAGAUUAUACAAGCAGAUUUUACCAAAGAAGACAUCUAUGAUGAUAUUAAAGAAGAACUUAAAGGAUUAGAAAUUGGAAUUUUAGUCAACAAUGUUGGAAUGCUCCCCAGCCUGCUCCCAAGCCAUUUCCUGAACACUCCUGGGGAGAUCCAGAGCCUCAUCCACUGCAACAUCACCUCUGUAGUCAAGAUGACACAGCUUGUUCUCAAACACAUGGAAUCAAGGAGGAAAGGCCUCAUCUUGAACAUUUCUUCUGGGAUAGCCCUUUGUCCCUGGCCUCUGUAUGCCCUGUACUCGGCUUCCAAGGCUUUUGUGUGCACGUUUUCCAAGGCCUUGCAUGUGGAAUACAGAGCUAAAGGAAUCAUUAUCCAGGUGCUGACUCCUUAUGCUGUCUCAACUCCAAUGACAAAGUAUCUAAAUACCAACAUGGUGACCAAGACUGCCGAUGAGUUUGUUAAAGAGUCCUUGAGAUAUGUCACGAUUGGAGCUGAAACCUGUGGCUGUCUUGCUCAUGAAAUCUUGGCAAUAUUUCUGAACCUGAUCCCUUCCAGAGUCUUCUAUAGCAGCACCUUCCAGAGAUUCCUCCUAACACACUACUCAGAUUACCUGAAGCGCAACAUCAGCAACAGAUAG